AUGACGGCUACCAGCCCCUUCCCGAAUAGCAUGGCCGCAGCCUCGGUGUGGGUCGAGCGUCUCCAACUCCAACUCCAGCUCUUUGUCCUUCAAACAGAUCUUUACCUCUUCCAAUUCAUCCCAUCUCUCCCUUCCACCGCUAUCCGUUCUCCCACCAGCCUAAUCUUCACCGGUCUCAUCGUAUACAUCAUCUCUCGCAUCGCCUCCGCCCUCUCUGCCUACGUCGCCGAGCAAGGCGUGUCUAUCUCCAUUCCUGCUCCACCUCAAGCUCGCGCAGGAUGGUCCGGAACAGUUCUCACUAAUCCGACAGUUCGCGAUACGAAAAAGCCAGAUACAAUCUUCUGCUAUGACCCAGCCACAGCCUACCUCAUUGCCGAAAUCACAGCCGAUACCCCCACUACCAUUGCCCAGAAGAUCGCCAAAGCCAAAACCGCACAGCUCAAAUGGCGCAAAUCUUCCUUUGCCCUUCGCAGAAAAGCAUUGCGCACGAUGCAGAAAUGGGUGGUGAGGGAUGCAGAGACCAUUGCACGUGUCGCUUCGCGCGAUACGGGCAAGACUGCUGUCGAUGCUGCUUUCGGCGAACUUCUUACCACGUGCAGUAAGCUAGCUUGGACCAUCUCUAACGGCGAGAAGAUCUUGCGCACAGAAACGAGACCCAACAAUCUUCUACUGAUGCACAAGGUAUGCCAAGUUCGCCAUGAGCCGAUGGGUGUUGUUGCCGCAUGUGUCAGCUGGAACUAUUCAGCGCACAAUGUUAUGGGUCCGAUCAUUGCUUCGCUCUUUGCCGGCAAUGCGAUUGUGGUCAAGGCGAGCGAGCUUGUUGCUUGGUCUGCAGGAUGGUUUGUUGAUGCGAUUAGGCAGUGUUUGAGCGUGUCGGGGUGCGAUCCGGAAUUGGUGCAGCUGGUGACAUGCUUCCCUGAAGCAGCUGAAGCUUUGACGCAGAGUCCGGAUAUUGCGCACAUUACAUUCAUCGGUUCAGAGCCAGUAGGGAGACUAGUAGCUCAGGCUGCGACCAAGGAACUUACUCCUCUUACCCUCGAACUUGGUGGUAAAGAUCCUGCGAUUCUGCUGAAGGAUGCGGAUCUGAAGUACUUUGCUUCUACUUUCAUGAGGAGUUGCUUCCAAGGUGCAGGACAGAACUGUAUUGGUAUUGAACGGUUUAUUGCUGAUGAAACGAUCGCCGAAAAGUUGGUGGCGAUUGUUGGGCCGAGAAUUAAGGCAUUAAAGCUUGGUAGUUUCAUGGACGAUGCUCCCUUUGGCACCUCCUCUUCUUCCACUAAAGGAGGAAAGGCGGAGAGAGUGGAUAUGGGAGCAAUGAUCACCGAUGCCCGCUUCUCACACCUCGAAUCUCUCAUCUCUGACGCUGUCUCCCAAGGAGCCCGUCUUGUUGUCGGAGGCAAACGUCACAACCACCCGACCUACAAACAUGGCCACUACUUUACCCCUACCCUCCUCACCAACAUUAAACCCUCUAUGGCUAUCGCAAACGAAGAACUCUUCGCGCCUAUCUUCCUCAUCAUUCCCUUCGCCACCACCUCUCUCGAUUCUGCUAUCUCCAUCGCCAACUCCACACGCUAUGGCUUGGGAUCUUCGAUCUUUGGCUCUACUCUGUCACAGUGCCAGUACAUUGCAGAUCGACUCGAAGCAGGAAUGGUCAACAUUAACGAUUUCGGCGUCUCUUACCUCAAUCAAGGUUUGCCCUUCGGAGGUGUCAAGAAGAGCGGUUAUGGUCGAUUCGGUGGUCCUGAAGGCUUGCUAGCAUUGACGCAAGCAAAGGCGGUGACAAGAGAUAGAGCAUUUACUUGGAUCAGGACUGGUAUUCCACCCAGACUUGACUAUCCGCUGGAACAGCCAGGGAAGAGUUGGGCUUUCGUACAAGGGUUGGUCAGGUUUGCUUAUGGCGAUGGUCUGUUGGCCAGAGCGAGGGGGAUUUUGGAUCUGAUUGUCAACGGGGCCUGA